AUGAAUAUAUAAACACAAAGUGAAAUUGAAUUGAAACUUUCUGCCUUUGAGAAAUUAGGGGACAAUCCAACAGAAGUAGAUAUUAAAUAUGUGAGCUAUUUACUCAAAAUUCCAUUAUAAACUAUACGUUAAUGGUUAGAAGAAAGAGCUCAACUAGAUUUUUUAAUUGAUUUAUCAACAGCUGAAGAUAAAGAAUGUUCGAUAAUAGGAUGUAUUAUGAAAAAGAAAAAAUUAAUAAAUUAAUAAAGUUCAGUUAAGGAAGAGGAAGCUUAAUAGAAAUAAACAAAAAAUUAAUCCAUAAAAUCAUCAACUGAUACAAAAUAAAAUCAAGAUAUAAAAAAAAAGAAAUAAAAUGAUAAAAUAAAAUAGAUUGAUCCAAAUAAAUAAGCUUAAAAGUCUUUAAAAAAAUAAGCAAAAUUAGCUGCUAAAUAAGCCUAAUAAUUUUUAUAUGAGGACUCUAAAACUCAAGAAAAAAACAUAUUGGAUAAUUAAAAAUCAAAACAUCCAUUUUCUAUACAAACUUAAAAAUUAGUAUAAUAAAUAGAUAUUACAAAUAAAAUUAAUAAUAUUGUAUAAAAUAUAGAUAACUAUAAUCAAUAAUAAUAAUAAAUAAGAAAAUAAAAAAAAUAAUACAAUUUACUAAGUUAAAAAAAGAAUUUAAUUCGUUUAGAUAAAGAAAAAAACUACAAAGAAUUAUAAUUAUAAAUAGAAUAAUGUAAAGGAUAAUAAAGAUAAUGCUUAAUUGUUAUUGAUGAUGAGAUUAAUUAGAAAAAUUAAUUAUCUACUAAUCAAAAUAAUGAAAGGAUUCAAUCUAAUUAUUAUAAAACAUUAAAUCAAAAUAAAUUACAUUGUAAUGAUAAACUAUAACUUUUGAAGGAUCUAUCUUAUUUUUAAGACAAAAAGAUAAAGAAACCUAUUUAAUAAAAAUUAUAAUAAAUUUAAUUUGGAUAAAAUAAACAUUCAGAAAAUAAUUUAAUCAAACAAAAUGAGUAGAAAUAAAAUAUAAUAUAAAUAUAUCAUUAAAAGCACAAUUAAUAAUCAUAAGCAAUUCAAAAUAUAAACUAAGCAUAAAUGUAAAAUGUUUAUUUAUAACAUAACCAAUAAUAACCAAAAUUAAAAUAAUAAAUUGAAAAGAAAUCAUUUAAUAAUUAAAAUCUGAAUUAACAAUCUUAAAGGUAAUAAUCAAAUUUACCACAAUAGCAUAUAUAAUAAUAAACAAAUUAUCUGGCUUAAAAUUGUAAUUCUUAAUAAAUACCAACCUAAUCAAAUCUAACUGAUUAACCAAAUAAAUCUUCACCAAUUUAAACAACACCAACAAAAUUUUAGAAUCAAGAAUCUUAGUUAUAGAAAUAACCUUAGAUUGGAUCUGAAUUAAAUCUUAUAUAAACUUAAUUUAACCAGGCCAUACAAGGACCUAUCACAUAAAGCAACUUGGAUAAGAAAUUAUAAUUGCCCAAUUAUUUAUUAGAAUUGAUUCAGAUGUUCAAUAAAAAUACUUAAGCUUUAGGAAAAGCAGUUGAAUAAAUUACAGCAGUUAGUAAUUAACAAAUGGCUUUAAUGGAAAAACUUGAUAUAAUUUAUGAAUGUGUUAAUACAAAGUGA